GAAAUGAGUGUGAGCCCCAUGUUGUCUGUACACAUCCCCUGUCUCCUAGAACUCACAGCCAGCAGACUGCUGCCAUUACCAGGACUUGGAGUUUGUCCCUGUUCACGAGUCUAGUGUCAAGUCCCUCCAUCUACAAUGGACACGUCAGUGGUCUAUGCCGACUUAAACCUAGCCAGGACCCAAGAGCCUCAGUGUGAAUUGCCUCCAUCUCUUUCCCCAGACACCCGUCGGUGCCCACGCUGGCAUCGGUUGGCUCUGAAGUUCGGCUGUGCUUGCCUUAUCCUUCUUGUCCUGACUGUCAUUGGACUCGGUGUCUUAGUGCUAUCAUUAUUACAAAAACCAUCAGUAGAAGAAAGCAUCGUGGAUGUUCAAAAGAACAGGACGAAUACAACAGAUUGUUCAGCCAAGUUAGAGUGCCCCAAAGACUGGCUUUCACACCGAGACAAGUGCUUUCAUCUUUCUCAAGUUUCCAAACAUUGGAAGGAAAGUCUAGCUGACUGUGAUGGAAAAGGAGCCACUUUACUGUUCAUUCAAGACCAAGAAGAACUGAGAUCCCUACAGGACUCAAUAAAGGAAAAAGAUUAUUCAUUUUGGAUUGGGUUAAAUUACACGUUGACAGACAAGAACUGGAAGUGGAUAAAUGGCUCGACUUUGAAUUCUGAUGUAUUAAAAAUCACUGGUGACACUGAAAAGGACAGCUGUGCCACCAUAUCAAGGGACAAAGUGACCUCUGAGAGCUGUGAUUCAGACAACUUUUGGAUCUGCCAGAAGGAACUGAAACAUGAAAGCAUGUGUAAUGACUCCUGACUGUGAAUGGCAUCUUGAUUACUUUACCAUCCACACCAGAUCUCUGCAUCCAGCCUGUCUCUGCUGUCUGCCUCCCACUGCAGCAGUGGCACAAUGCACGGACUCUGAAAGCACUGGGACUCUUACAGAUUCUUUAGUCUGUAAAUGCAAAUGUACACGGACACAGAUAUACCUUUCUAAGAGAGGAGUUCUGUGGGAAGAAGCCCUGGCAGCUGAGGGGAGGGGCACCAGAUUCUAAUCCUGGAGUCUUUGUCUCUGUGCCCGAGACCAUCUGCAGACACCCACAGAAGACUGUUUGAAAAGUCUCAAUCUCUCCCUUAUCCCCUCCAAGCCAUCACACUGGGCUGUAGAACACUGAUUUAAAGCCUUUGCUCUCGACCGACACCAGGAGCCCAGGGUUAAGGAUUUGGGGGAGAGACUGACAAAGGUUUAAAUAGCACCUACAAAAUCCUGGGUAAACUGAGCUCUGGUCACGUUAUGCCUCCACCAGGCCACGAUGCUCACCGGCAGACCCUGAGCCAAUGCUGACACCUUGGUGCUAGGCUUCUCAGCUCCAUAACUGGCAGAGACUAGCUUCUUUUCUUUUAAAAUUUUUGGUUUACAUGUCAGAAAAGCAAACUAAGGUAACUUAGCUCUUCCUGCCGUCCUUAUCACUCUAGUUUGCUCAACAUUUCUUCCUUCAUGCUUGGGAGAAAUUAAGCUUUAAAAAAGAUAUAUCUUUUAAAUGCCCCCCUUUCUAAAACUUUGCCAAAUUGUCUAUGAAAAUAAAAGAAGUAAGGCUAUUGAAUUUACUUUAUAA